GCCCUCGCGACGCCGCCACCUCGGGAACAAGCCAUGGUGGCGGCGACGGCGGCAGCGGCGUGGCUGCUCCUGUGGGCUGCGGCCUGCGCGCAGCAGGAGCAGGACUUCUACGACUUCAAGGCGGUCAACAUCCGGGGCAAACUGGUGUCGCUGGAGAAGUACCGCGGCUCGGUGUCCCUGGUGGUGAAUGUGGCCAGCGAGUGCGGCUUCACAGACCAGCACUACCGAGCCCUGCAGCAGCUGCAGCGGGACCUGGGUCCCUACCACUUCAACGUGCUCGCCUUCCCCUGCAACCAGUUUGGCCAACAGGAGCCUGACAGCAACAAGGAGAUUGAGAGCUUUGCCCGCCGCACCUACAGUGUCUCAUUCCCCAUGUUUAGCAAGAUUGCAGUCACCGGUACUGGUGCCCAUCCUGCCUUCAAGUACCUGGCCCAGACUUCUGGGAAGGAGCCCACUUGGAACUUCUGGAAGUACCUUGUAGCCCCAGAUGGAAAGGUGGUAGGGGCUUGGGACCCAACUGUGUCAGUGGAGGAGGUCAGACCCCAGAUCACAGCGCUCGUGAGGAAGCUCAUCCUACUGAAGCGAGAAGACUUAUAACCACUGCGUCUCCUUCUCGACCACCUCAUCCCGCCCACCUGUGUGGGGCUGACCAAUGCAAACUCAAAUGGUGCUUCAAAGGGAGAGACCCACUGACUCUCCUUCCUUCACUCUUAUGCCACUGGUCCCAUCAUUCUUGUGGGGGAAAAAUUCUAGUAUUUUGAUUAUUUGAAUCUUACAGCAACAAAUAGGAACUCCUGGCCAAUGAGAGCUCUUGACCAGUGAAUCACCAGCCAAUACGAACGUCUUGCCAACAAAAAUGCUGGCAAAUAGAAGUAUAUCAAGCAAUAAUCUCCCACCCAAGGCCUCUGUAAACUGGGACCAAUUAUAACCUCAUAGGGCUGUUGUGAGGAUUAGGAUGAAAUACCUGUGAAAGUGCCUAGGCAGUACCAGCCAAAUAGGAGGCAUUCAAUAAACAUUUUUUUGCAUAUAAACCAAAAAGUAACUUGUUAUCAAUAAAAACUUGCAUCCAACAUGAAUUUCCAGCCGAUGAUAAUCCAGGCCAAAGGUUUAGUUGUGUUAUUUCCUCUGUAUUAUUUUCUUCAUUACAAAAGAAAUGCAAGUUCAUUGUAAAAAUCCAAACAAUACCUCAUGAUAUAAAAUAAAAAUGAAAGUAUCCUC